AUGAAGGAUCCAUUCCCCGUUGCGCCGCCGGAGGCGCUGGUCUCGCUCGUCAAACCACUCGCCGAUGCGCUGUCCCUACCGACCCUCGCUCUCCACGCUCACGAGGUUCUCUUCGCAUUCUUCCUCUACACAGCAAUCUGCAACGUGGUCUCUCCCGUCUUCUCCAAGACCUUCUUCCCGCAGACAUACGGCAAACUCAACAUCCGAACGCGCGUGAGUUGGGAUGUCCAUAUCGUAUCCUUCUUCCAGGCGGUGCUCAUCAGUGCGCUAUCGUUGUAUGUGAUUUGGUUCGAUGAAGAGCGGAAAGAGUUGAGGUCGCGCCCGAGAUGGGAGUCCAGGGUACGGGAGUAUGACGGUGCUGGAGGUAUGGUCCAGUCUUUCGCACUGGGAUACUUCUUGUGGGACUUGAUCAUGUGUGCUUGCAACGUGGAGAUCUUCGGGUGGGGGAUGUUGGCGCAUGCUAUUAGCGCAUUCUCCGUCUUCGCGCUGGGAUACGUAUGUCACAGCGCUCACCUCCACUCGUUGCACACAUAACUGACAGUGAGCAGCGGCCCUUCAUCUACUUCUACGCUCCCGUGUUCCUUCUCUACGAGCUCAGCUCCCCGUUCUUGAAUAUCCACUGGUUCUGCGACAAGCUCGAUUUGACUGGCUCGAUUUAUCAAGCCGUCAAUGGCGCUUUCCUCACCGGCACUUUCUUCGGCUGCCGUAUCAUCUGGGGUAACAUCAGCAGUAUCUAUGUCUUCUACGACAUCUUCAGCAUGAUCGCCAAGGGAAAGACCGAUCUUGUUGCUUCUGACAUCGGUGCACCGACUGGGUACUCCACUCAAGAUUUGCUGCGAAUCUACAACGACGAGCAGGGUCAAAGACUGGCGUUCGCGGGAGGUGGACAGCAGAUUCCACUAUGGCUCGGCCUGACAUAUCUUGCGUCGAACUUGACUCUGAACUCGCUCAACAUCUUCUGGUUUGGCAAGAUGAUUGAGACGAUUCGGAAGCGCUUUGACCCGCCGUUCGGUACUCGGGGUAUCGAGAGUGACGAGGUGCAUGAUGAGCCGCAAGAAAAGAUUGCCGCUGCGGCUGGUAAGCUCUCCGAGUCUACGCCGCCCAAGCCAAAGGGCAGUGUCAAGGCCGCGCGGCAAAAGGCUGAGCAGGCCAUGAAUGGGCCAGUCGAGUCAGAAGAGGCGACGCAAAUUCAGCGGGCUGUACUUGCGGAUGGGUCUAACAGCGUCGAGGUCACGGGGAUUAGAACGCUCAGGACAAGAAGAAAGGCGUAA